CACAGCGAGGAGCCUUUACAUUGCACAGCAACAUACCAUUACUGUAGGACUUCUUCACUUCUUUUUUUUUUCUACUGAAAAACAAAUUGAUAUUUCCUUGUGGUUUUACAUACCCCCAGUCUGUGAUUGUGCUAUGGAGUUGGGGAAAGUUCAUGUGAAUUUAAAGACGGUGCUGCUGACAAUGAUGAUGUUCAAAUGGGGAACAUUCUGCACAGCCACAGCAGAUAGAUGCUUGUCUGCACCCUGCCAAAAUGGUGCUACCUGUGUGGACACAAUGGAUGAUUAUGCCUGUAUUUGUGCCAGAGAUGGGGUGAGGUACAUGGGCAAAAACUGUGAUGAACUCUAUGACGCCUGCUCUUUUGCUCCGUGUGAGGACUGCAGUAGUGUUCCUGGCACCACAGAGUACCACUGCAUCUGUCCAGACGGACUGACAGGAGAUAACUGCACAGAGGAGGUGGAUGAGUGUCAGAGCAAUCCUUGUUCCGAGCCUCGUUCUCUGUGUGUAGACCAGCUGAAUGGUUACUUCUGCAGGUGUCCAUCUGGGUAUGGAGGACGAGACUGCAGGACACCUGUAACCGACUGCAUUGAUGAACCCUGCAAGAACAAUGGAACGUGUUUAUUACAACCUGAAGGGUUUGAAUGCCAUUGUGCACCUGGGUUUGAGGGAAAGACCUGUGAGGAAGAUAUAAAUGAGUGUUUAUCAGAGCCCUGUCAGAAUGGUGCCAUCUGUAUAGAUGGAGUGGGAGAAUUUCACUGCUUCUGUGUCCCAGGUUUUCAAGGCUAUAACUGUGAAAUUGAUAUCAAUGAGUGUGCUUCAAGACCCUGUGACAACAACGCCACUUGCAUUAAUGAGAAGGACCACUAUAAGUGUGAGUGCCUGAUGGGCUUUAAAGGAGUCAACUGUGAGACUGAAAUAGAUGAAUGUGAGUCAAAUCCCUGCCGCAACGGAGCUGACUGUCAUGACCUCAUAGGAAUGUACUCUUGUGAGUGUCUACCUGGAUUUGGUGGCAUCCACUGUGAAGUUGAUGUUGAUGAGUGUGCCAGUAUGCCCUGUCAGAACGGUGCAGUCUGUCAUGAUAUGGUUAACAGCUAUGCAUGUGACUGCUCUGAUACAGGAUAUGAGGGCAAUCACUGUGAGAUAGAUAUUCCUGAAUGUCUGUCUCAUCCCUGCCAGCAUGGUGGUACUUGUCAAGAAGGAGUCAAAGAAUACACCUGUCUCUGCUGGCAAGGUUAUGAAGGACCAAACUGUGAAGCUGAUAUAGAUGAGUGUGCUGAUCAGCCCUGUGAGAACAAUGGGGAGUGUUUUGAACGCUCUGAUGCAUCUCACUGGGAGCUAGACUGGGAGCUGAGCUUUGCAGAUGCAGCUGGAUAUAUUUGCCAGUGUCAGUCGGGAUUUGCAGGAGAGAACUGUUCUGUCAACAUUGAUGAGUGUGAAUCAGAACCCUGUCAAAAUGGAGGCAUUUGUAAAGACAAGAUCAAUGGAUAUACCUGCACAUGUCCUGCUGGAUUUUUAGGUGAGUUGUGUGAAGUGAACAUUGAUGAAUGUGAGAGCCAGCCCUGCCAGAACGGUGGCUGGUGUGAAGAUGGGAGGGCCACCUACACCUGUCACUGUCCUGAGGCAGCUGCAGGUGACCUUCCUUGGGGAGGUCGUCACUGUAAUUUGAAACUCCUUGGUUGCGUUGACCAUAAAUGUCAGAAUGGAGCCACCUGCCAUCCAUGGCUAGAGGAUGGAGAACAUGGCCACACAUGCUUGUGCCCUCAUGGAUUCCUAGAUGAGAAAUGCUCCACCAGAACAACAUUCUCCUUCUCCACUCCUGGAUUUAUUCACAUUCAAGUUGUUGUAGAAGAAAGAAUUCGCCGGGAAGUUGACCACCAUGUUCACAAAGGUCUCGGGAUACAGCUUCGCUUCCGGACAACUAUAUCUAAUAUGUUGGUCUUCUUCAGAGGGGAUAUGGACAACCACCUCUUUCUAGAGAUUGUGAAUGGUAGUCUUCAUGCAAAAGCCUCUUCUGAGGAAUCGGAGUUGGAUGUAAUAUUUCCUGGCUUGGUUAGUGAUGGAAACUGGAGGGACGCUCACGUGUUUAUGGCUCAGGAAGGUCUAGUCUUAAAUCUGAAAGGUCCUGACUGUGACAAUGAUGGAUGCACAGUUAUAGAUAGUGGUGCAGGUGAACCACCUUUCGAGCUCUCUGAAGCCUUUACUCAUAUUUAUAUAGGCGGAGCACCAGAGGACCUUUUAGAGUACUCUAAAAGUGGUGCAGGAUUCAUUGGGUGUAUGGAAGACCUGAUGAUUGACUCUAAGCCUAUUCUACCACAAACACUUCCAGAGGACCAAGACCAUGAACUGGGAUGUACUAAGACUGAAUGGUGUAAUACUGAACCCUGCAAUGGGCAUGGACGGUGUGUGGACCUGUGGACCAGUUACCAGUGUGAUUGCUACCGUCCCUUCCACGGUGAAAACUGUUCUGAAGAAUUUUCUUGGUGGACCUACAACCAUGAAGACACAGUGAGUUCCAGUGGAUAUGAUAUUGUUAAAAGCCACGGGAGCAGCUUCAGUGUGUCUUUCAUCCUGCGCUCUUUAAAGCCAGAUGGGUUGCUUUUCCAGCUGAGGAGGCCCACAGAGGAGGCCUACUUCUCAGUUUACCUGGGCAUGGGGAGGGUUUUUGUUAGCUCUCUGCCAAGUAGUGCUCCACUUACAGCUCCAAUAUUUGUGGCAAAUGGUGAGAAGCACCUUCUGCAGGUGGAAGUGCAACACAGACAGGUCAUCUUUGAACAUGCGGGAAUUCGCUACAGAAUGGGAGAGAUCCCUGAAGUUAGUGUUAACAGUGGAGAUCAGGCCUAUGUGGGAGGACUUCCAAAGGAAUGGACCUCUGAUACCUGGGGGGGACGUUUCAAAGGUUGCCUUCAGGAUCUUCGUUUAGACUCCGUGCAUUUGGAUGUGGAUGGUUGGGACACCUUGAAUAAAGUGGACAUUUAUUCAUUAACCUAUUCUGAGAACGUAAAGAAGGGAUGUGUCAGUGACAAUACCUGCAAGAUGAAGCCUUGCCAAAAUGGAGGAUGGUGUACCAUCACAUUCAACGAUUUUACAUGUUCUUGUCCUGAGGAAUACACUGGGAAGACCUGCAAAAAACGUGUGUGGUGUGUCAGCCACCCAUGUGUCAAUGGUGGCCAUUGUGUGGAUCUACCUGAUGGAUAUGAAUGUGUUUACAAUGCCACAUUUGAGAACAACGCUGUGCAGUACAGUUCUGGAGGCUCCCUGGUUGAGCCUGUCACUAACAUAUACAUGGAGUUGAGGACCCGGUCAGAAAAUGCUGUGCUCCUGAGGGCCUCCUGGGGUUCUGACCUCCUAAUGGUGGGUCUGUUGGACUCAUCAGUCCGGGUGGAGAUCCAGCUAAGCAACAGCUUUGAGCCUCUGACCUUUACAGGCAUCCGUCAGGUUGCAGACGGGAGCUGGCACCGCGUGAACAUUUCUAUGACUGAGAAGGACCGCAAAGCCUCCCCCUGGAUCAUCACUGUGGAUGGAAUCACAGAUGCUAACAGUGUGCCAGAGCGCACAGGUAGUAUUCGCUUUCUCAAUCAGAAGGGGGCUUUACUAGCCCUUGCAGAGAGCUUCAAUGGUUGCAUGGGUGCAGUGAGGCUCGGAGGAGUUUACCUUCCUUUUGUGGAUGAUUAUAAGGCCCCACAACCUUCUCAGUUCCAUUUAGUUGGGAAACCAAAGAUUUAUUUGGGCUGCACUGGUACCCCUGUUUGUGAUUCAGAUCCAUGUCUAAACGGAGGCGCCUGUGAAGACCUCUUUAAUAAAUUUGGAUGUAUCUGCGACUCUGGUUGGGAGGGAGACCAGUGUGAAAUGGACACUGAUGACUGUUUGUCUCAGCCCUGUGUUCAUGGAAGCUGUAAGGACUACUUGGCUGGUUUUAAGUGCCAUUGCCACCCGGGAUAUGCUGGCACUCUCUGUGAUGAAGAUAUUGAUGAGUGUGAGCAUCAUAAUUGUGAACAUGGAGGAACCUGUCAGGAUGGACCCAACAUGUACACCUGCAUAUGCCCCAAAGAGUACAGGGGCUCCCACUGCCAGUGGGCCUAUCCUCCUAUACAGUGUGGUAAAGAUGUUAUGUGUGCAAAUGAUGGUGUCUGCAAUGAUGGACUGUGGGGGGCUAACUGUACAUGCAUGCCAGGUUUCACAGGCACCAGAUGUGAAAUGGAGAUCAAUGAGUGUGGGUCUAACCCCUGUAGAAAUGGAGGUUCCUGUUUGGAUCGAUUUAACAUGUUUGUAUGUGAAUGCCCGCCCGGUUACAGUGGUCCAGUCUGUGACAGUAACAAAGAAGCCCAUAUACAGGGAAUCCCCUGGCUGCUAAUUGUGAUCCCGUUGCUCUGUCUGUGCAUUCUCCUAAUGAUUAUUGGCUUGACCUUUGUAGUGCUCACAGCAAGGAAGAAGCGCCAGUCAGAGGGUGCUUAUAGCCCCAGUGCUCAGGAGCUAGCUGGAGCCCGGCUAGAGAUGGACAGCAUGCUUAAAGUACCACCAGAGGAGAGACUUAUCUGAUCUGACAGGAACACAAUUUGAUAAAGGGAGCUAGAGGCGAUCCGAUGCUGUGGGGAGGUGCACAGGGCUGUCACUGUCAAACUGUUAGAUCCUCUGAAUGUCCGGCUCAUCUGAUGUUAUAACCCCCUCCUUAUAGACCUGUGCUACAGAAAUGUAUUGACAAUGUAGAUUGUGCAUAUUUUGUCAUCUGAGGAAAUAAGCCCUAUGAACUUCAGGAACUCAUAGCCAUCAGUUUAUCCUCUGAUGACCCCCUCUUAUCAGAAAUCAUACCAGUUUUUAUGCUCAAAACUGCUAAACAGAGGACAAAUAAGCUCUCCACUACAUGGUCACCUUUGGAAAAUGUCCAACAGGUUCAUGGCACACCAGUGGUGCUGCUGCUGGAAACUUUGUGUGUGCAGUUCCUCCAGUGGAGACAGUAUGGCUCUGAGAAAACUCUUUACUGUUCUUUCUUUUCUGAUAGACAUGAUUGGCAACAUGACUUAUUUUUCAGUUUUUCUGGUAAUAUGGGACUUUGUAGCAAUUUUUAGAAAUGCUUUUUCUUGUUAAAGAUUACAUUUAUUUACAUUUGUGUCCACUUUUAUGCACAUUAAUUAAAUCUAUAAAUGUAAUAAAGGCCAAAUAGAGGUUUUUACUGCUUGGCCAGGAAGAAUGCUUGUUAUAAAGAAUUUAGACAGUAGAGCUAAAGUUAAAUUGUUUGCUGUUAUUUUUAAUUCUAGUCUAGAUUUUCAUUGUCUCUUGUGCUCAGAUUUUCUUUCUGUCAAGGUUGUUUUCCUAGUUUUUGGGGUUUUUUUCAAAAAAGCAAACAAACAAACAAAAACGGCAUCCUAUUUUUGAUAUUGGGUCAUUCGGUCUCAAAUCAACCAAGGGUUCUGCUCAACUGGCUCUGAUUUGCAUAAAAUUUUGAGAAAAUUUGAUCAUUUGGUGUAUCUUAAAAAGUAUUUCAUAUAUGAAGCUAUGGUCUAUUAACACAUAGUGAGUGAGGAAGGUGACUGAAGAAGAAAUACUCAAUGCAUCAUGGGAAUCCCCCAGCAGCCUACACCUAUUACAUCAUAACUAAGGCAGGAUUCAGGAUCAGCUGGUCCAGCCCUAACUAUAUGCUUUAGCAAAAAGGGAAAGUUUUAAGCCUAAUCU